GCGCCCCCUCCCGGCUGUCCAGGAGCUCAGACCCCGCCCUCCGCCCUCGCACCCCCCUCUUCACUGCCACUUCCGGCAGGCGCUGCGCUGCUGGGGGUUAGGGCGAGGAUGGCGGCUGAGAACGAGGCUAGCCAGGAGAGCGCCCUAGGCGCCUACUCACCAGUGGACUAUAUGAGCAUCACCAGCUUCCCGAGGCUGCCGGAGGACGAGCCAGCGCCUGCGGCCCCACUGAGGGGCCGUAAGGACGAGGACGCCUUCUUGGGAGACCCGGAUACUGACCCGGACUCCUUCCUCAAGUCUGCCCGGCUUCAGCGGCUGCCUUCGUCGUCAUCGGAGAUGGGCAGCCAGGACGGGUCACCAUUACGGGAGACUCGCAAGGACCCAUUCUCAGCUGCUGCAGCAGAGUGUUCUUGCCGCCAGGAUGGGCUCACGGUCAUUGUCACCGCCUGCCUCACUUUUGCCACCGGUGUCACCGUGGCGCUGGUCAUGCAAAUCUACUUCGGGGAUCCCCAGAUCUUCCAGCAGGGUGCUGUGGUGACGGAUGCCUCCCGUUGCACGGCGCUGGGCAUGGAGGUGCUCAGUAAACAGGGCUCUUCAGUGGAUGCAGCUGUGGCCGCAGCCUUGUGUUUGGGGAUUGUGGCUCCACACAGUUCUGGCCUGGGCGGUGGGGGCGUGAUGUUGAUACAUGAUAUCCGGAGGAAUGAAAGCCACCUAAUUGAUUUCCGGGAGUCUGCACCUGGGGCCCUCCGAGAAGAGACCCUGCAGAGAUCCUGGGAUACCAAGUGACCUGGUCUCCUCUCUCCCUCGCCUGCCCGCCUCGCCCAGCCUGGGCUCUUGGUGGGGGUCCCCGGAAUGGUGAAAGGGCUACAUGAAGCUCACCAGCUCUAUGGCAGGCUGCCCUGGUCCCAAGUCCUGGCCUUCGCAGCAGCUGUGGCCCAAGAUGGCUUCAACGUGACCCAUGAUCUAGCUCAUGCCUUGGCUGAGCAGCUGCCUCCCAAUGCAUCUGACCGCUUCCUGGAUACUUUCCUGCCACUGGGUCACCCACCCUUGCCUGGCUCCCUGCUGCGACGGCCUGAUCUCGCCGAGGUACUGGAUAUACUCGGCACUUCUGGCCCUGCUGCCUUCUACAACGGUGGCAACCUCACACUGGAGAUGGUGGCUGAGGCUCAGCACGCAGGCGGUGUCAUAACCGAGGAGGACUUCAGCAACUAUAGUGCUCUCACGGAGAAGCCUGUGUGUGGAGUGUACCGAGGCCACCUGGUUCUCAGUCCCCCACCCCCGCACACAGGCCCGGCCCUCAUCAGUGCUCUCAACAUCCUGGAGGGCUUCAACCUCACCAGCCUGGUGUCCCGUGAGCAAGCGCUUCACUGGGUAGCAGAGACCCUGAAGAUUGCAUUGGCCCUGGCUAGCAGACUGGGAGACCCUGUCUAUGAUUCUACCAUCACUGAGAGCAUGGACGACAUGCUCAGCAAGGUGGAGGCCGCCAACUUCCGGGGCCACAUCAGUGACUCUCAGGCAGCCCCUGCCCCACUCCUGCCUGUCUAUGAGCUGGACGGGGCUCCCACUGCUGCCCAGGUGCUGGUCAUGGGCCCUGAUGACUUCAUCGUAGCCAUGGUCAGCUCCCUGAACCGGCCUUUUGGAAGUGGCCUCCUCACUCCCUCCGGGAUCCUUCUCAACAGCCAGAUGCUAGACUUCUCCUGGCCCAACAGGACAGCUAACCACUCUGCACCCAGCCUGGAGAACUCGGUACAGCCAGGGAAGCGGCCCCUCUCUUUCCUUCUGCCCACUGUAGUCCGACCAGCAGAAGGGCUCUGUGGGACCUACCUCGCUCUGGGGGCCAACGGAGCUGCUCGAGGCCUCAGUGGCCUGACCCAGGUUCUACUGAAUGUCCUGACCUUGAACAGGAACCUGAGUGACAGCCUGGCCCGAGGACGCCUACACCCAGACCUGCAGUCCAACCUCCUGCAGGUCGACAGUGAGUUCACUGAGGAAGAGAUUGAGUUCCUGGAAGCCAGGGGUCACCACGUGGAGAAGGUAGAUGUCUUAUCCUGGGUCCACGGCAGUCGGAGAACCAACACCUUCAUCAUCGGUGUGAAGGACCCUCGGAGCCCGGAUGCAGCUGGAGCCACCAUCCUGUAGAGCAUUGGGCUGGGCGGGAUCUCUGCUCCCCGCCUUUGCAUGUUCCCAGAGUCCCUCUUUCUCCCAGGUUUGGUCUCAGGGGGACCCCAUGGAUGCCUCAGAUCAGGGGCCAGAGGGGAUGCUUAGCAAACCCUAUCCCAGAGUAACUGGAAAAUUCUCCAGCUGGAGGCCUUUGGUGGGAAUGAUGACAUCAGUGUCCGUGACCAGACAGGCAGGACCUUGAGGAGUCAGAUUGUCUGUCUCCUCUCCUCUUUCAGCCAUGCUAUCCUUGAGCUUAGGGAUGUGCUUGCAAACCCUUCUCAAGGGUCUCACAAUCUCAACACCUUCAGACUGGUCUGACCUAGGCCUUGUCUUCCAGCUCCCUUUUCCUGUAUCUGGCCCCAUUUCUUAAGUGACUAGGAUUUUUUUUAAAAAAUGGCCAUUAUAGGGAGAGGUAAUCCUCCCCUUCCACCGGGUUGAGGCAGGGGCCUUGCAUUUGAAGGUCCCCAGGCAGCCAAGCAGGGGUGGGGUGGGUAUCAGCUCAGGGGCUUCCAUUUGCAAUGGGGAAUUAAAGAAAGAAUAUUGCUUAA